AUGUCUGCCAAAAGCUCGAAUCAGCAAUCCGCCUUGCCUCGCGAAGCUCCACGACCCUUCCUUAUCCAGCCGGCCACGAAUCCGGAAGACCUGGCAGAUGUCGCAUCGCUUUUCGAAGCCUACGCAAAAUCACUCAACAUUGAUCUCUCUUUCCAAGACUUUACUACCGAGCUUUCAAAGCUCCCUGGAAGAUAUGGACCGCCGAGCGGUACCCUUCUCCUCGCACGUCAUAAAGAUACGAACAAAGCAAUCGGAUGCAUCGGUCUACGUUCUCUGGAUACUGAUGGCGUGUGUGAAAUCAAGCGAUUAUACGUCGCACCUGCAGGCCGUGGAUCUGGGCUUGGGAAAGCAUUAGUAGAGCAGGUCAUCGAGGAGGCGAAGCGAAUUGGAUAUAGAUUUAUGCGACUGGAUACACUAGGAAGUAUGCGCGAAGCGCAGGGGUUGUAUGAACGACUGGGCUUCGUAGAAAUAAAGGCUUAUUAUGACACGCCAAUCGAGGGGACUGUAUUUCUGGAGCUGGACUUGGCUUGA